AUGCCCCUCUCUUCCCAGUGCCGCACUGCCCCAUUUCGGGAUGAGGUCUGUCCCUCUUCCCCUCUCCUUCUCUUUCGUGCUGCUACCUCCGUAUCUCCCCUACCUUGGUUUCUUUUGGCGGGUCUGGUCUUAUACCUUCGAUUUGAGUCUGUUUUGGUUGUGUCUGUGGUUCUCUUGGUGAGGUUGUUUGCUUCUCCCUCAUGUGGUGUGGUGACUACUUAA